CCGAGGGUGCCGCGCCCGCCCGGGGCGCCGCCGGGGCGGGAGAAAGGUUUAAACUCUGCAACCAAUGCUUUAGGAAAUGGAAGAUGCGAGUGAUAGUCACUCUGAAGUUCCAUCGGAAGGGUCAGGUGCAGAGCAACCGCCUGCAUCCUCACAGGGAAAAGCAGUCGGAGAGGCUGAGAAUGGGGAUGUAGCAGAGAAGCCUCUGCUUCCAGAAUCUUCAGGCAUUGAACAGUCAGAGGAGGGCUGCGAGCAGAUGUCUCCUCGGGAGCAGUCAGUUUUGGAGGAACAGGAGCAGUCAAGUUUAGCGCAGUGGGAACAACCUGAAGAAGUGUGGAGGGAAGAACAAACUUCUCAAAACUCAGCACUACGAGAGAAUACAGCAAGUGGGACAAUGACAGAAAGCAUGAUUGAGGAUAAUAAAACACUUAGGAGGACUGGGCCUAACUUUGAGAAAACUGUGCAGUCUGAGAAUCAGCAACAUUUUCCUGGGCAAGUCAUUCAACAGGAUUACCACAUGCCUGAUGUCAUAACUGUCAGAGUACACACAGAUUCUGAUUCAUUCCAAGAAGUAGUUGUAAAAAUUGAAAGACCUACCAAUAAUAAACCUUUUCUGGGUGGAUUUAGGAACAUAAGAACAGGAGUGGAAUUUCAUAAUGCAGGAUCACAAACAAGAUGCAUAAAACGACCUAACAAAGGAACUCAGUCAUUUUGUAGGGAAACACAGACGGUUUGGGAAAAAAAUAAACCGCAACAAACAAGAAAUACGGCAUCAACACAGAUGACUAAAAUUGGUCUUUAUGUGUCAAACAUGACUGAUAAACUAAUAAGUCCUGGAAAGUAUUUUACAGCAGAAGAAUAUCAUAAACGUAGACUUGAAGCGGUAAUAGUAUUGCAGAAAUAUUUCCGUCGUUGGCAUGCGAUAAAUGUAGUACAAAAUCUGAGGGAACAGAAGAAGUUAAGGCUGGCAUGGGAGGCACAGGAAGAAUUACGGAAAAAAAAGGAGAAAGAAGAGAAAUUUAGAAGGGAGUAUGAGCGAAAACUGAACCCCAGAACAAAAGAAGACUUUGAGCUACUGUAUCAUGACUUGGAAUUGUGGAUGCAGGAGGAGACUGAGCGGAUUAACAGAACUCUUACUGGAGCUGAAAGAAAGGCAGCGCUUUGUGCACUUCUGGAACAAGAGGCACAACUCAUUGCUUGCUUUGAGAGACACAAAUUAAAUGCCAAUGAGGAGAAUCAACACAAAGCAGUACUGCACCUUCUGGAUAAGUGUGCACAACCUAAGAGAUGGAAAGCAUUUGAUGGAAAAAUCACUGAAAUGGACACACAGGAUACACUCCGUGCCAGAGAACUACUUGAAAUCUACCGCAGCAUUAGCGCAAAAGACAUCCCAAAAGAUGAGAGAACAGAUGUGCUUUUAACACUCAGAUGUACAGUGAAGGAACAUGAAUGUAAAUUAACACAGGAAAUAGUGGAACUAAUUGACAGAGAAGUUGAUCUUAUAUCAAGAGAGGUGAAAGAAUGCAACUUAGAAGGACUGAGGAAAAGAAUUUGUACAUUGUUUCUUCAGUAUAUUAAAAUUCCAAAGGUUAACCCUCGCGUUGUUGGGUUACUUAAGGUUCCACAAGAUCCUUUAAAGCUUUAUAAAAAUGUUUACUUCUGCCAUAGCUGUGAAAAUUACUUACCAUCUACUGAGUUUGUUAUUCCUGCUAAUUCCCACACCAUUGGCAGAUGUCGCUCAUGUUACAAGCUUGAUAAUGAGGCUCGGCAACGAGAAUCAUAUUUGAAGUACAGACUUAUACUAGAAAAUCUCAGGAAAUCUGAAGCUGAUUAUCAAGAUGACAGUAAAAUUGUUUUCUUAGUUCAGCUUCCAGAUCUGCAGUACAUGAUUGAGAACAUAUGGAACUGUCAGUCAGCUCUCAGUGCUUGGGGUGAACUGUAUGAUUUGGUUAUGGUCAGAUGGGAUAAGCAGCGUGAGUGGUCUCCAUGGAACACUAUUCUCCUCACUAAAGAAGAGGCAGAUGUACAUCUUAAGCUGUGUAAUCUUCAGGAGGCUUAUGAAGCUGCAUUUAUUUUCAGAAUAAAACAGAAGCAUAUCCGGGCAAAAAACUACUUUUCUCAGAUUCCAGGGAUGUCAUCAUUUUUGCCUGGGAGUGACAAUCAGGCUAAUGCAAGUUCAUAAAAAACCCAUAAUUCUUCGAUGAAGUUUACAGAAGUUAAAGAAGUUCACUAAAUUAUUAAUACCAUUUCCUAGAUUUUAAAGAAAUACACAUUUUCAUCAAUACUUUGAUUGUAUUACACUGCGCAAAAUAAACUUCUGAGGAUAAAAUAAUUUGAUCUGGAUCAGUUAAUAUAACUGCAUCUCAAGUUUCGUAACCGCAUUAUUUAAAAAGUGAAAUGUUAUUAAUGAGCUUUGUAAAUUCUAAAUUUUUAGAGCAAUGAUUCUUUUUCUGUGUAUGCCUGCAUUGCUUGGAACAUUCUGUCUGUAGUGGAAUAUACCUGCUGGGCAAAUUAUUUUAAUUCUUUGUCAGUCUUUAAUUAGAAAAAUAAUACUGUAACAUUGUAUUAAAUUUAU